AUGACAGAUUCAGAAAGGGAAAAAGGAACUUCAAGUCAUGAUGAAGAACAAAAAUCAGAAAGUUCAAGUGAAGAUCAAACGACAGAAAGUGAGAGCUCAGAAAAUUCAAGUGAUGAAACAAAUGAAAAUCAAAAUUCAGAAAGUUCAAGUGAAGAUCAAAGCUGCAGUGAUUCAAGUUACGAAGCAAGUGAAGAGCAAAAUUCAAGCGAAUAUCAAACAUCAGAAAGUUCAUCAGAUACUGACAAUGAUGAAGAAUGUUCAGAAGAUGAAAGUCGAGUUGACAAGAAAAUGAAGAAAGCAGAAAACUCAAGAAACUCAUCACAUAUAUCAUCUUCCAACACCAAAAGACCCAGACGUAAACGAUGUUUUCGCUGUGGUCAUUUAGGACAUACAGCGAAACAUUGCAAAAAGAAAAAUUUUCCUAAACCAGAAUAUGAUUUUGUUGAGAACUUCAUGGAUCAACUCGAUUAUCUUAAGAAAUCUGUUAAAAAUCUGAAUAAACUCCAGAAAUGGCUCCGCAUGCUCAUGGAGUACAUCUGGCAUGUCGACAGCGGAUACUCAAGACACAUGACAGGUUUGAAGGAACUUCUGAAGAACUUUCGCUUUAUUGAUGGAGAUUUUGUGUCUUUCGCUGGAAACGAAAAGGGAGGGAAGAUCGUUGGAAUAGGAGAUGUGGUGUUUGAAGCUCUCACGCUAGAAAAUGUCAACUGUGUUCCAGAACUGUGUUACAAUCUCAUGAGUGUAUCACAAGUCUGCGAUAAAGGAAUAUCAGUGCUUUUCAACGACAUGGAAUGCCUGUUUCUCAAACCUGAAUAUGUCAUUCCUGCAGAAAUGAUCAUGCUCACUGCUCCAAGACAAAACAACACAUACGUGCUCAACAUGAAAAAUGCCAAGACAAAUGAUAACUUGACCUGUUUAAUUUCAAAAGCUUCAGAAUCGGAAUCACUGCUCUGGCAUAGGCAAUUGGGGCAUGUAAACUUCAAAAAUAUGAACAAACUCUCUAAAUUAAACUUAGUAAGAGGUCUUCCUGUAAAAGAAUUUCCUUUUUCUGAAAAAUGUAUAGCAUGCGCCCAAGGAAAGCAACACAAGAAAUCGCACAAGUCCAAAGCAUUGAACAUGAUUUCUGCACCUCUUCAGUAG